AUAAAAAACUUACGAGUUCAGACAAAGUAUCAGAUCCAAAUCUUACACAUCAAUGGCGGUUGCUCCAGCUCCAAGCCCUAACUCCAAAGCUCCGGUAGCCGAGGGGAGCAAGAGGAAGAUGGUCAGUAGCAGUGGCCAGGAGGAGGAACCCAGGUCUGACAUGAAGUCCGGUAAUUCCAGUUCACAACCACCGAAACGGAACAAGAGUCCAGGGGUUCGUGUUAUUCAUGGCCGAGUUUAUGACUCUCAGAAUGGGACGACUUGCCAUCAAUGCCGGCAAAAGACCUGUGUGGUCUCUGUUAACUGCAAGAAUCAGGCAAGGGCCAAGCCAUGUACGCUUAAGUAUUGCUAUACAUGCCUCUUAAACAGGUAUGGGGAAAAAGCUGAAGAUGUGGCUUUGUUAGAUGAAUGGAAUUGUCCCAGGUGUAGAGACGUCUGCAAUUGCAGCAUCUGCAUGAAGAAACGUGGGCAUCAGCCCACCGGUAUGCUUGUGCAAAUGGCGAAGGCAGGUGGAUUUUCCUCUGUUUCGGACAUGCUUCAUGUAAAAGGUCCUCAAAGUGUUGGUCCUUACAAGAGAGUGAAAGAAACGUGUGCUUCACCAAGAAAGCUAUCUGCUCCAGCAGAGGGGACCGUGAUUAUUUCACCCAAAAAACCGGGGAAGGAAAAUCUGUUUGAUGGCAAGACAGAUUUGAAUGCCAAUCCUUCACUUCCAAUCCCAUCUUCUGAAGAGAAACCAAAGAAAAUGAAGCAAAAACGACUUGAUGGGGUUAAUAAGGUUUCAGGAGUCGAGAUUAACCAUGCUCUAAAUGAGAAAAACGAAAAGAAAUUAAAGCCAGAAGGGUUAGAUAAAACAGGGAGUUCCUUAGUGUUUGUGGAAAAGACAAGUCAUCUUGACAAGAAGAAACAUAAGAAACUAAAGAUAGAAGGGUCAAAGGAGAUAGUCGAAGGAAAUGUGAAUGGUGGUGCAAUUUCAAAGGUUAAUGGUGUCCAGCAAGAGGUAAAGGAGAUCAAGACAAGCAUUCAUGAUGGAAAUGGAACUGAAGAGAAGAACAUUGUUCAUGAAGGUGAGGAAGGCUUAGAUGGUAGGUCUGAUCAAAAGGCAAAUCAGCAAGCUGAGGAUAAGAAGUAUUUGAAAGCUAAAAAGAAGGCUCUCAACUUGUGUAACAACUCGUUUGAGGCUAUUAUCCCUUUGCCUACAGGAAGUGAGUUAGUAACUAUAGUUGGGGUUGAUCUUCCAAAAGAAGAUGCUGGCAAUGCAUUGCAAUUGUUAGAAUUCUGUGCUACUUUUGGAAAGAUUCUAGAUGUGAGGAAAGGGCAGGCCGAAGCAGUUCUGAGAGACCUAAUAAAAGGGCGAAGUACACGCAAAGGGAAAUAUUCCUUGGUAAUCCAGUUUCAUAUUCAGUUGCUGUCUGUUAUACAAGAGGAAACAGAAUCUGGAUCAGAAUCAGAAUCAGAAUCUCCAAUACUAGAUCCAACUCAUGGCAAUGAUUCAUGGUUGAAAGCUCUAAAAAGUUGCAUCCCUAAAUCCCAGCAUAUAUUGGAGCAUGUGGAUUGUACAGACAAAAGAACUGGGGGAUAUGAUAAUUUAGACUCAUCGAUGAAGCUUAAACUAUUAGUUCUCCUGUGUGAUGAAAUUCUUGGAACUGAAAAAGUAAGAAAUUGGAUCAAUGAGGAAAAUGUCAAGUUUGCUGAGAAGAGAAAGGAAGCGAAGGAAAAACUUGCUGCUGCAAAAGAUAAGGAGAAAAUUUUGAAGCAGAAAAUGCAGGAUGAUGUUGCGAAAGCAAUCAUCGCAAGAGAUGGUGUUCCUCUUACCAUGUUGGAACAUGAUGCUAUUGUUUCUAAGAUCAAAAAUAAAACAGCUGAAGCACAUGCUGAGAUGAUUGCAUGCAAACAAAUGAUCCCGAUAGACAAAGAGAAGCCUGAUGCUGUCAGAACAGAGCCAAUUUUCAGAGACAACAAUGGACAUGUGUAUUGGAAGUUAAAAGGGUUUUCUGAUGCAGCUGGUGUUCUUCAUCAAGAUAUAGGAACUGGGGAUCAUACAGCUGAACAAGUUGACAGAUGGUUCCAUUAUGAUGCUGAGCAGAUGGAUUUGAUUGAAAAACACAUAAAAGUCUCAAGGUUACGGUUCAAAAGAGACUACAAAAACUGUGGGAUGGUGUCGGUGUAAAAUGGUGACCCAUUACUCUUAUUAUGUUGUUAGGGGGAAAUGACCUUUGUGUUUUGUAUAUGCAAUCACUUUUAAUCAAAUGUUAGCUUUAUUGUCAUUUAGUAUAGUGUAGGGACUAAUAUUGUCAUUUUGUUAAUCUUUGCUUAGGUUUAGAUAUGGCUUCUUCUUUCUCCUUGUUUUGUAGUAUGACCUUUUCAGUCUCUCACAAAUGCUUUUGGUUACAUGUCAAGAUCAAGAGUUUAGCAACGUUGUUUUAUAUUCAAUCAUACAUGUAAAACGCUAUGUUUUGGUUUG